CCUAGGACAGUAGGUAACAUCUGUCUCUGUGUAAACCUAGGACAGUAGGUAACACCUGUCUCUGUGUAAACCUAGGAACCCAGGUAACAUCUGUCUCUGUGUAAACCUAGGAAGCCAGGUAACAUCUGUCUCUGUGUAAACCUAGGAACCCAGGUAACAUCUGGCUCUGUGUAAACCUAGGAACCCAGGUAACAUCUGUCUCUGUGUAAACCUAGUACAGCAGGUAACAUCUGUCUCUGUGUAAACCUAGGACACCAGGUAACAUCUGUCUCUGUGUAAACCUAGGACAGUAGGUAACACCUGUCUCUGUGUAAACCUAGGACAGCAGGUACAAUCUGUCUCUGUGUAAACCUAGGACACCAGGUAAUAACUGUUGCCUUGGUAUUCUCCUGUGUUGUGCCUUUGUUGCUCUUAGUCAGGGUGUUACACUGUAAACUGUCCUCAGUGAGGUGGUCAAGGUGUUACACUGUAAACUGUCCUCAGGGAGGUGGUCAAGGUGCUACACUGUAAACUGUCCUCAGGGAGGUGGUCAAGGUGUUACACUGUAAACUGUCCUCAGGGAGCUGGUGAAGGGUUGAACUGUUCCUCAGGAACCUAGUAACAUGUUUAGCUUGUUCACUGGGGGUCAAAUACUUGCCAGCGUUCGAAAACCACAGUCCACUGGAAAUGUGUACGGAAGGUAAAGUCUAAUAUCGCAACCAAACCUUUUUUUAAUGUCAUUUGGAUUUGCCCUGAAUCAAACCUUUUGAGUUUUCUUUGUUUUUAUCCCUAAGGGAUUUGGCACGCAACAAACAAAAAAAUCUCUCUCCCCAAAAUAUUACCUUUGUUUGCCUCAGUGGGUUGUUGUUUUUACCCAGUUUUCCUUGCACGUCCUCUGCACAUUAUUGCCACAUUUUUCCAAGGCAAUUAGACUGGAAGCUUUUCUGAAAUGGAUAAACAUGUGUGUUCUCUGUCAAGCAGGGGUGUUGAGUGUGACACUUGAACCAAGAGGAGAGAACUAAAGCCAACCCGUUUGGUAAAAACAAGGACACGGCACCUCCCGUCCCAGGAUUGGACAGGAUUUGACCUCUGAAAUAACCUUUGAGCUCUGAGUUUUCGUAGAGGUCAUCCACGGGUGUAUGCCCUGUGUGCCUGUUACCCCUCCCCUCUUUCCCCACAACCGGCCAAUAGGAUUCUGCUCCUCCUACACAUUCACUUUGACUCUAUAAUAGGUGUUGUAUAGAAUUAAGCCUGGUGUCAUAUGUAUAGGAUGGUACGCAACAAUAGGUAUAAAGAAAGUACACAUGCCUUGGCGUUCUAGUCAAGUCAUUUCAUUCUCUCUCCUUUUAUUUAUUGUCUUUCUCCCUCUCUUUCCCUCACUCCCUCUGUUAUAGACAAUUCUCCCAUGCAGUUGUAGUGGAGAGUAAGUCUCCUUAUUGUUGUAUACAUUUUUACAACACUGAGUUAAUACGAUGUAGCUGAGCUGGUCAGUAGUCAGUCUGUGCAGUGUGUUCUGUACUGAAUUGACAAUGCCUUUAGGAGAAACACAGAGCCUCUCAGGAAUAGGAUAUCCAGCAGUCACCUGAGAGAGCCACAAACAUAUUUCAAAUGUCUCUAAAAGUCUGCUUUUGUUGUGCCAAUAACUCACCACUGACAUUUGAGGACUUUUGUGGCUUGGAAAAGAAACUUGGAUUUGAGGGGAAACUGCUGGUCACAGUCUCCCACUUGUGAGAGACACUGAGUGAGUAUUAUUUACACAGUGCAUGGCUACUGUAGCUCAUAAAUGUGUUCCAAGGCCCUGUAGCAAAGGAAACAUAGAUAUAAAAGGGUGGAGGAACAUAUUCUGACUGAUAGGAAGUGAAUGGAUUGGAAUUGUGUACCAUUAUCUGAAUCAAUAGUCUAAGGAGUUCCUCCUCUGUUUCAAUCUGCCUUGUGUAUUUUCCAUGACCAAACCACUGGGAAGUGAAGAUCAUGGAACGUAAGAAACAGCAUGUUAUUCUUUUCUCUGCUGGUUGCAUGUUAGAUACGUGUUAGAAACAUUGUACUGUACUGUGGAUCUACCCCUGGACUCUGUAUUGUCAUAUUGCACUUUAGUGAAUGUGGGGAGUAUAUAUCCUCCUUACUACUACCCCAUUGUAUCCCCAGCUCUCAUCCUUUCAAGCUUCUCAGUUCCUGUAGCCUGAUCAAUGUGUUUCCCUCGUGCUGUUUCAAACUGUCAGCAAAACUCCUGCUUCCUUGUAAGAUGGCCACAGACUAUGGGUCCCUCCUGUUGAUACCCUGGACACGUGUGUAACCUCCCUCUUCAGCCCAAAGGAGUGUAAGUACUACAGGGACUAUACAGUAUUACUGCAAGACUGUCUAUCUGCUGCUGUGGAAUACGUUUCUGACCAGAGGAGUAUAUACAGCAACAACUUGACCACUGAGUUUCCUUCAAGAGAAUGGAAGGAAGACUGUGAAUCAGGACACUGUAGAGCUGUGAGUAACCCUGACUGUUAAUAAAAAGUUAGUGGAACAAUGAUCCGGGAAGUGAGGGAAGUCAUCUACUGCUGGAUACAGUUUUUCCUCAUGGAUUUACCUUUACCACAUCAGAUGGAUUACUUUUCACCAUAGAAACAGUGGAACUGGAAACAAGUACAGAACACCAGGUUCUUAUCAAUACCUAGGUGGUCAUAAACUCACAAAGCACAUAGGAGUUGAGACUACAGCUUCAUCAGCGUGACACAUUGUAUUUAGCACCAUGGGAGCGGCGCGUGUUAAGCGACGUUUCAGUGCGGUGGUUGACGGGCUGGUAGACGAGGAGGAAGUCAUUAAGCUGGCUCUGAGUGUUGCUGACACGGCCAGGGUGGGGGGGAGCACGGGAGGCUCAGGGAGUCCCACCAGUCUCUCUCCCACAUACAACCGAAAUGGCAAAGCACUCCCCCUGCAGGGCAACGGCAGCAAUGCACGGAGGCCCAGCGGAGCCCUGGAGGCAGGAGGAGGGGAAGGAUCGAUGAAAGGAGGAGGGCGCUCAGGACUGAGGGGCGGGAGGGGCGGAAGUCUGGGGAGAAGGGGAGAAGGCUGUUCGUCCUCGGACCGAGAUUCAACACUGUCGUCCCCUUCCUCCUCAAGCCGCCGCCCCCCCCGGCGCUCUAGACGCCGGCCCCGCCACCGCUUUGUGGGCAAGGACGGGCGCUGCAACGUCACCUUCGUCAACAUGAGCGAGAGAGGCCAGCGUUACCUCAGCGACCUCUUCACCACCUGCGUGGACAUCCGCUGGCGUUGGAUGCUAGUCAUCUUCUGCCUCUCCUUCCUCCUCUCCUGGCUGCUCUUUGGCUUUGCCUUCUGGCUCAUUGCCGCCGCGCACGGGGACUUCGCCAUCCGCCUCAACCCCAGCUCGGGUGCCUCUUCCGGGGGAGGAGAUGAGUCCGGGGCAGGGGCGGUGGUGGAAGUGGAGGAAACGUGUUUCGUUCAGGUGAACAGCUUUAUGGCGGCCUUCCUGUUCUCCCUGGAGACGCAGACAUCCAUUGGUUACGGCUUCCGCAGCGUGACCGAGGCCUGCCCCCUGGCGGUGAUGGCGGUCGUCUUGCAGUGCAUUGUGGGCUGCAUCAUCGACGCCUUCAUCAUCGGAGCGGUCAUGGCGAAGAUCGCUAAGCCCAAGAAGCGUAACGAGACGCUGUUGUUCUCUGACACAGCAGUGGUGGCGCUGAGAGACGGGAAACUCUGCAUGAUGUGGAGGGUGGGGAACCUACGCAAGAGCCACCUGGUAGAGGCACACGUACGUGCACAGCUAAUGAAGCCGAGGGUGACCCCAGAGGGAGAGUUCCUCCCGCUGGACAACGAGGACGUCAACGUGGGAUUUGACACGGGAACCGACCGCAUCUUCCUGGUUUCCCCGGUAACCAUCGUCCACGAGAUCAACGAUGAGUCACCGUUUUUCGAGAUGGACCGUCGGACUCUGGAGGGCGACACGGAGUUGGAGGUGGUGGUCAUUCUGGAGGGUAUGGUGGAGGCCACAGCCAUGACCACACAGUGUCGCAGCUCCUACCUCGCCUCCGAGAUCCUCUGGGGUCACCGCUUCGAACCUGUGCUCUUCGAGAGGAAGAACUGUUACCAGGUGGACUACUCGUUCUUCCACCGGACCUAUGAGAUUCCCAGCACACCUUCUUGCAGCGCUAAAGAGUUGGCCGAGCAGAAGUACAUCCAGGGCUCACGCUCCUCCUUCUGCUACGAGAACGAAGUAGCCCUGCAGCUCGUCUCCCCUGACAAUGACCCUGAGGGCAACCCUGGCGGCUGCCCCUCCUCCCUGACCCACCGAUCCUCCCUCUCACAACCCACCCACACUAACUAGGGAUGCGACAGGCAGAGGGGACAGGAAGUGACCUGGGAUCCACAGGAAGUCAGGGACAGACAGAGGGAGAGAGAGGCAGAAAGAGAGACAGGCUUCAUAGGAAAAGAGACCAAAGUAGAGAAAGGUAAGUACACGGUUUAGGGAAAAGGACAACAUUGAGAGACUGAAGUUGAGAGAGGUGUAGAAAGAGAAACAGAAGACACGACAAAGACGCAGAGAGACAAACGGAGAGAGAGAGAUGCUGUAUACUGUCAAACAGAGAGAAAAGGACAGACAGAUAGGACAGAAAAGGAGAGAGAGGGAUAGAAAGAGAAAAAGAGAGAGAGAAGUGUCAUUGAAAGGGGUAGAUGGGCUGCUGCUACUCUGACUGUGUUAGCUGAUUUGGACAUAGCGAUCUUUCAGAAUCAUUAUGAACCUGUCUGUCUCAGACCCGUCCCGUCAACCAACCGCUACAUUCACCACUGGCUCCAGCACCUAGCUGACCACACAUACAACACUGACCCCUAUUGGCUUCAGUCUGUACCUGCAGCUCCUGUUCAGUUACAACUCACACUGGACACAUGGGAGUAAGGUGAAGCUGCCCCCUAGACACUGAGCUAUGACCAGUUUAGUGUUUCUGCCCCCUAAUGGUGAAGGUUAGGUUUUGGAGAGGCUAAGCUGAUCCUAGAUCUGUGCCUACGGCUAACUUCUACCCCAAACCUGUGGAUGUUGAAUACUGUGUGACAGAAUGAGGUAAAACGGUGUAUUGACAUUGAGGGAUGUUUGUUGAAAGACAAGGCAUUAUUGAUAUGUUUUUGAUUCUGGUCAUUUGUGUUCUGUCAAGGUUUGAGCAGGUCUGUUGUGUUAGACUGAUAUGUAGCAAAAUGGAUACAGAGAAACAGCUGAAAAUAAGCAGCGGUUUUAAGCUGUUUCUUUGACUUGUACUGUAUGUUGUUAUUCUGUAUUUAUAAUGCGAGACUAUUAUAUAUUUGCUUUAUUUAAUCAAACAUGUUGCUUGUUCAACUGGGUGCAGUGUCAGCACCACAAAACCAUAUGAGUGCAUAGUCUGGUAACAUGUUAUUUGAAGGUCUACUUCUAAACUUAUGAUUGAUUGUUUAAUAUGGUUAACUAUGGUUAACAAACAAAGGUUUAUAAGUACUUUGUAAGCAGAACUUUUAUUAAAAUGUUACCUUAUGUUAUUUUUUAAAUUCUACAGUACCCAGCUGAAGGGACAAUCUUACGUUAAUGUUUACCUCUGUCUUGAACAUGAGAUUCUGUCACCUGAGAUUCUGUGUUCCUCAAACAUUUAACUUUGUAUGAUUUUCCUCAGUGUUUUCUUUAUUUAGUUCAUUUGCUGAAUACUGUAUAUUUGGUAGAAUUUGAAGGGGGAAAUGGAGGGAUGUUAAAGGUAGACUCAGCGAUAUGACGUAGAUGCAGAAAGUAAACAGCAUAGUGGGUCAAUUUCCACAACAACUAAGAGUGUUGAAGUGUGAGGCUCAACUCCUCCGCUGUUUAAAUACAUAGUGAGGGUGUUCCAUACCGGUAAAACAUGAGCCUAUCACAAUAAUGAAAACAAAAUGUUGCCGAGGCUGAGAUGGAUGGCUGACACUGAGACGCGCGCGGACAGUAGUGGACGCAUACAUUCUGGCCUAAUGACAAUCACCAAAAUGUCAUUACACUUGUUGGUGUUUUGUGUAACAGAGGUCUCUUUCCAUCCACCACUGUUUGGGGGCUGGAUACAUGUUGAGACUGGAUGAACAUGUAAAGGAGCCCUUUGAAGUGAUAGUUUGGCAAUCAGAUGAAAACAUCAUGACUGGUGGUUUGUGCCACAGUAGAAGGUAAUACAUUUUAAAAGUUAAAUAACACAUCUUUAGUACGAGGCCCACAGAGAUCCUAAUGAAUGAAUAGAGAUUCCAUAUGGAAUGAAUGAAUAGAGAUUCUAUAUGUAAUGAAUGAAUAGAGAUUCCAUAUGGAAUGAAUGAAUAGAGAUUCUAUAUGGAAUGAAUGAAUAGAGAUUCCAUAUGGAAUGAAUGAAUAGGUAUUCUAUAUGGAAUGAAUGAAUAGAGAUUCUAUAUGGAAUGAAUGAAUAGAGAUUCUAUAUGUAAUGAAUGAAUAGAGAUUCCAUAUGUAAUGAAUGAAUAGGUAUUCUAUAUGUAAUGAAUGAAUAGAGAUUCUAUAUGUAAUGAAUGAAUAGAGAUUCCAUAUGGAAUGAAUGAAUAGGUAUUCUAUAUGGAAUGAAUGAAUAGAGAUUCUAUAUGUAAUGAAUGAAUAGGGAUUCUAUAUGUAAUGAAUGAAUAGGGAUUCUAUAUGUAAUGAAUGAAUAGAUUCUAUAUGUAAUGAAUGAAUAGAGAUUCUAUAUGCAAUGAAUGAAUAGAUUCUAUCUGUAAUGAAUGAAUAGAGAUUCUAUAUGGAAUGAAUGAAUAGGGAUUAUAUGUGUAAUGAAUGAAUAGGGAUUCUAUAUGUAAUGAAUGAAUAGGGAUUCUAUAUGGAAUGAAUGAAUAGGGAUUCUAUGUGUAAUGAAUCAAAUAGAGAUUCUAUAUGUGAUGAAUGAAUAGAUUCUAUAUGUAAUGAAUGAAUAGAGAUUCUAUAUGGAAUUGUGUGAUCAUGUGAACAUAGGAGGUCCCAUACUGGGAAGAAAUGACAUCUACUUUCACCCGUGUGUGUGUGUGACUGUGAGAGUGAAGUCCUGCAUCUCACUCAUCUCAAUAACUGCAGUGCUGCUCGUGGCAACGUCAUUUAGCUGAGUUUACCUUUAAGGUGACAUUGUUGGAAGUGUCCAGGCCUUGGCAGAGCACCCUAAGCUGGGACUGGAAAUGGACCGUAAACCUGUUGGACUGCCAUGACCACUGGAAGCAUGUACUGAGGACCUGAAACGUACAACUGUCACUUCACUGCAGUACGUUUACAUAAGGAAAACCUCCCUGACCACUCCCUACAUCUUCCUGUUCUUACUGUAAACUGUGAGGGCUCACAACUGCACUGGCGAACCACCUGAGGAGGAAUUGAAUUUCUGUGACAUUCUGUUCUCUGAGAGAGGUUCUGUUCAAAGAAUUAGAAUGGAUGACUAAUCCUGAAUUCUAUGAUUCUGCUUUGGUUGGUGUCUGUCUCACACUAUGUGGGAGACUAAUGCAUUGGGUGGUGGCUUCAAAAAGAAGUCUAUGGUGUUAUUAUAUAACUAGCACAAGAUUUGCAAUGUUCAAAUUAGAUGUUUUUAUUGCCUGUCUAUUUUGUUGAAUCGUGUAACUCUUCUGAAAGUGAUGGUUUCUGAAAUAUGUAUACUGAUGUUAUUGAGAGAUGAAGAGUUCUAACUUCUACGUCGCUACUACCACAAUAUUUAGUCACACUUUACAUUAAGUUAAACUGCCAUGUGUGGUAUUACAUAAUAACUAAGCCAUUAUUUCAAAUAGAAUCUAUUCAGUUUCCUUUUCGCAGUAUUACAAUUCAAAAUCAUUGGGUUAUGCACCUUACCAGCAGAUACCAUGCACAAUAUAUCAUGAAUCUACAUGAUAUAACUUCAUGUAAAGUGUUGACCAAUUGUCUUGACCACUAGAUGAUACACCAGGGCUGUAAUGUUCUACCUACUACAAGGACAGACAACUCUGAAACUUUUACUUGCAUCUUUGCACUGAAGUAAAUUGACACUAUGGAUUAACUCAAAGGCAAAUAUCACAUACGUACAUACAAAGCACUGUAAAAGCACACAAACGGCUAUUGAAAUGGCAUUUUAAGACGUCACAUACUGUAUAUAGAAAGCAGCACUUCACACACACUGACCUUUUGAACAGGAAACAUGGAUAUUUCACCUUUUAAAGCAGAUUCCAUGAUAUGAUUUACAACCAUAUUGAUCGGUUAUAGUUGGUGUUAUUGACAUUUAUUCAACUUCCGUGUCUUUCCUUAUUUUUCUAUGUCUCCAUGGCCACCGAGUUCUAUUUAUAGGUGAAUGGCCAGUCCCGUCUGCUCCACUUCCUGUGGGGGGGUAACUUGAACCCUGACCACCAGGACUCUUGACCUCUUGACCUCUGCGUUAGUCUUUUUUUUUUACGCAUCCCACACAACAACAACAUAGCCAGAUGGAUUACUUGAUGACUUCCUGGUUGGUUGCUUUAUUAGAUUCCAGAAUAAAAUUGUGAUAUUGCAGGUCACGGUAUGUUGGGAUGUACGUUAGUGGAAUCAGGUUGUUACUAGCUGUGCUCUAUUAUUAUUUUCUACAGAUACCACUGUAUACGUUUCCCAUCCUUCUCUGUUGUAUCACAAAAUAAAUCACUACUGUUUGUGGCAGAAAGCACUUCCAUGUGAAAAAGAAUGGCACCAUAGAGCAAAUAAAACACAUUGAUUGAU